GAGCGAGACCAGCGGGCGCAUCCCAGGUUGGCGGCUUCUAGCCUAGCCCGCGGCGACGGAGGCAGUGGCAGGAGCCGGAUGCUCUAGGGCUUCUUGCGGCUCCAGCCUUCUUCCUCGCUCGUGCAGCGCCAUCUCGCCCCCAUUGGAGAGGGAGACCCCGCGGCGUUCUGCCCAAGAACUGACGUCUCAGCCUCGGGGCACCUCUGGAGAAAGCCAAGUGCUCACAGGUGAAGCCUGUGUCCCAGAGUGGGCGGUCCGCUUGCCGCCGGAUCGCACCUCUUGAGAACCUCGACCGCCGAGCCCUUUCCAGUGCCUGCAGGGCAGGGCGCGCGGGGAGAGUGGGGUCCACGGCAGGGUAGGGAGUGACCAGGACACCGGUGAUGGACGCACAGACCUGGCGCGUGGGCUGUCUCUGUCUCCUCCUUCUGGCUCUCGUUGGGUCUACCCGAAGCCACGGGGUGCAAAGCUGCGAAGAAGUUCGGAAACUUUUCCAGUGGCGCCUGGUGGGACCUGUCAAGGGGCUGCCGGAUUCGCCGCGGGCAGGACCUGAUCUUCAGGUUUGCAUAGCCAAAAAACCUACAUGUUGCACCAGGAAGAUGGAGGAGAGAUAUCAAAUCGCAGCCCGCCAAGACAUGCAGCAGGUGCUUCAAACAUCCAGCUCUACCCUAAAAUUUCUGAUAUCUCGAAAUGCAGCUGCCUUUCAAGAAACUCUUGAAACUCUCAUCAGACAAGCAGAAAAUUACACCAGCAUACUUUUUUGCAACACCUACAGAAACAUGGCCUUAGAGGCUGCUGCUUCCAUCCAGGAGUUCUUUGCUGAUGUUGGGCUCUACUUAUUUGGUGCAGAUGUAAAUCCUGAAGAAUUUGUGAACAGAUUCUUUGACAGUCUUUUCCCUCUGGUCUACAAUCAUCUCAUUAACCCUGGUGUGAUGGACAGUUCUCUGGAAUAUUCCGAAUGCAUCCGGAUGGCCCGCCGGGACAUUGGUCCCUUUGGUAACAUUCCCCAAAGGGUCUUGGGGCAGAUGGGGCGCUCCCUGCUGCCCAGCCGCACGUUUCUGCAGGCGCUGAAUCUGGGCAUUGAAGUCAUCAAUACCACAGACCACCUGCACUUCACCAAAGAGUGCAGCAGAGCCCUCCUGAGGAUGCAGUACUGCCCGCACUGCCAAGGCCUGGCUCUCAGUAAGCCUUGCAUGGGGUAUUGCCUCAAUGUUCUCCGAGGCUGCUUGGCACACAUGGCAGAGCUUAACCCACACUGGCAUGUGUACAUCCGGUCAUUGGAAGAGCUAUCAGAUGCCAUGCAUGGAACCUAUGACAUUGAACACGUGCUCCUGAACUUCCAUUUGCUCGUUAAUGAUGCUGUGAUGCAGGCUCACCUUGAUGGACAGAAGUUAGCGGAACAGGUAAAUAAGAUUUGCGGCCGUCCAAACAGAAUACCCACCCAAAGCCCCCGUUGUUCCUUUGAUGGGAGCAAAGAGAAGCAUGGAAUGAAGAUCUCUACAAGAAACGGUGAAGAGACCCUUGCCAACAGAAGAAAAGAAUUUAUCAACAGCCUCCGCCUGUACAGGACGUUCUAUGGCGGCCUGGCCGAUGAGCUCUGUGCUAACGAGUUAGCAGCUGGUGAUGGGGAACCUUGCUGGAACGGAGAAGAUAUCGUGAAAAGCUAUACUCAACGUGUGGUUGGAAAUGGAAUCAAAGCCCAGUCUGGAAAUCCUGAAGUCAAAGUCAAAGGAAUUGAUCCUGUGAUAAAUCAGAUUAUUGAUAAACUGAAACAUGUUAUCCAGUUGUUACAGGGGAGGUCACCCAAACCCAGUAAGUGGGAACGUCACACGGGCAGUGGUGGUGGCGCGGCUGAGCAGAUCAGCGGGGACUGUGACGACGAAGACGGCUGUGGGGGAUCCGGAAGCGGAGAAGUCAAGAGGACACUAAAAAUCACAGACUGGAUACCCGAUGAGAUGAACCUCAAUGAUGUAAAGCAGAUCCAUCCAACAGACGGUGGUAGCACUUUAGACACAACGGGAGCAGGAUGUGCAGCAGCAACGGAAACUAUGGCAUUGACUCUGAUGGGUGUUGUGAUGUUACUUCCGAGGCUUUGGUAACGGAAUUCUUCUGCCCUGAUAUAUGUCUUAUUGGAAUCUUAAUUUCUCCCCACUCUUCCUCUGUGUGGAAUUUAAAAAUCUUUUCAAAUGUAGCAAUUAUAUUUAUGAAAAGGUGUGACACCCUAACUUCUUAGAAGCCAAGUUGGAAUGUUCACAAAGUAUCAAAAAAAGAAAAAAAAAAUCAGUGUUUAAAUGAUACUGUUUGAAAACAUGUCUUCUUUGAAUCUAAUUUAGACAUUCUAAAAUUCUAACAUAUUAAACCUGCAAAUGUGAAGAGCAUGAAUGUGAUUUUGAAGAAGGAUUCGGUAUAUCGGUAAUUGUAUUGUCCUCGAUUCCAACCUGUUCCUUUCGAAAAGAAAAAUGUUUUAAAUUGAAGGGAUAUUUGCAGGACAAUGACAACAGUACAUAGUGUUUCUUAAAAUAUUGGAAUUAUAAUUCCAUUAAAUGACUAAACAAAAACAGUAAGUAGUAUGCAUGCAUUUUCAGAGAUUCUUCCAUUUUUUCAAGACUUAGAAAGAAAUUACCUGAAAGUCAACAAAUUAUAGAGUAGAUUGCUGAGGAGUAUUUCACAUAAUUUCAUUGAAGAAGCUUGAUAAUUUUUAUCCAUUGUAACUUAGCACUGACAAACUUUAAAGCUGAAUAUUUUGAUAGCAUCUGAUUUGUACCCCAUCAUAUGCAAAAUGCAUCUUUGGUAUUGUGGCUCUGUUCCCUCCUCUCUCUCUGCCUAAUGGAUUUAGCUAUGUUGCAAAGCACAUGCUUGCUCUAGGAAUAUCUUUAAUAAACUGUCCAUUAUUUGGUGGAAAACUUUAAAGAAUAUUGAUCAUUUUCUCCUGGAAAAAUAAUAUAUCCAUUCAUUUUCAAAAUAUAAUUUGCUGUUUUUUUAACUUGAUAUUGAACAAUUGACUGUCUAUACAAUUCUAAGGUUUCUAUGAGUAUCAAAAGACAUGUACUAAUACAGAAAAUGUGGCAUGCAAUGUUUUAGCUCCUUUCCUAUUUUAACAUUGGCAGAGCUGCUAAUCCACAAUUUCUGAUUUCCCAGUUGUGAUAAGAUGCCUCACAGACACUGAUGAGGAUGUGUCUAUUGCUGUAUUAAAGCAGGAAGAUAUAAGUCAGCUUUUAUUAAGAAGUAUUACAUCCAGUCACUAGCCAGAAAAUAUAAUUAAUACAAAGUGACAGAAUAGAAAAGAGAAGUGCUAAACAUACAAAAUACAAGUUCAAAAGGAUUUGAAAUGACCUCUGAAAAAGAACUGAAGGGGACUCAAUUGACAGAAAAUAUUUGUCAGAUGAAAUCAAUCUGUCCAAAUGAGGAAACUAUACAUGAUUAAACCCUGUCCUCUCCUGGGUUCUGAGUUAUCCAAAUGAUCUGAUGACAGUCAAUUUAAACCACAAUAUUUUUUAACUGGCAAAUCAAAUUUUCUUGUCUGUUCAAACAUGCCUCAAGUGUUAGUCUACCUGCCAGUUCUGGAUGUCAUCUUCCUAGGCUUCCACUUUACUUUAACAUGUAUUCCGUGAUCUGCUUAGCUUACUGCUCAUUUGUACCACCGUGCUCCAAAAAUUAUAAACUUAAACAUAUAUUUUUACUAUGUUAAUUCAGCUCUUUAAAUAACUCUGAAAUGAGUAAUAUGAAGUCAACUAUUUGUAGCACUCCAGCCCAAGUCACAGUUGGCUUGCCAAGGCAAACUUGUGACCCAAACUUUGAGGAUUCACUAAGAAAAACAAGCAGAAGAAUAUGGUUCAUCAGUCUAAGAUGUGCCUAGAUAAAAUCAGUUGAUAGAAGAUAUUUUUAGAUAUGGCAGGUGGUUAAAAGCAGAGUAGUAAUAAAAUCAUUCAAUAAUACCAAUGAAUGUGUUUUAUCAGCUAAAUCUUACAUACUCAAAUGGGUAUUACUUGCCUCCACAUAGGCACUUUGGAGACUCUCUGUGUAUAUAUAUUAUCAUAACAAUGCAGCUAGAGCUCAAAACACUUGGAGGUUUUCAGAAUUUCUGUAAGAGCCUGAGGCAUACUUUUUUAAUAUUUUCAAUGAGGUUAUUUAUUUGUUAAUACUCUACUCUGUAGCAUUUUACAUUUCUAUAGCUCUUUAUAUUUUAAGAAGCUCUUUCAAAUGAGACAAAGCAUCUCAUUUGACCUUCCUCACCUCUCAAGGAUGGGCUAAAUUUUUAGUCAAAUAAAAACAAUAACACUGAGAGUUUUUUUUUUUUAAAUAUGACUUAGGAUUUGCUUCUGAAGAAUUUUCCGUCAGUAAAGUCCAAAAUGUUUUAAGCAAUGGUAAAAUUAUUAGAAUAUGUGUUUCCUUUCCAAGAUGACUUAAGGGAUAAGCAUUCAGGUAUACUAUAUAUAUAUUAUAUGUAUAUAUUAAAAUAUCUCUCAUAUUGUUAUAGACACAUACACAUCUUAUACUGAGAUCACUUAAAGGAAUUUUCUUGAAUUUGAGUUAAUUUUAUAUAAAGUAAUCAUUAAACAGUCCAGUUUUUUGAAUGUUUUGGGGAAGGAUCAUUUUAUAAUUUGAGCUGACCCUCCUUUUGCAUACACACCACAGUAAGAGCUUUUAUGCACACUCUCCUUUAAUCUCCCCAAGAAUAAUAUCUCUUCAUUUUAUCAGUGAGGAAACUGAGGCUAGAAAUAUGAGGUAAUUGUUUGGGAUCAUACAACUGGUCAGAAUAGAAUCAGACAGGUGAGUAUAACGUCUCAAAAUAAACUAUGCUUUCCUGGUUCAGAGAUAAUAAAUAGUUCAAGAACAAUAGUAAAGAAUCAUUAAGUUAGCAUAAAAAUCAUUCAGAGGUAAUUUAUGUCUCCAAAUAAGGAUUUAAAAAACAAUUAACUGUAUAAUUCUAAUUGCAUAAUUAUCAUAUUGCAUAUUAGUAUAAAAGCAUAAUGGAAAAGAAAAAUGUAAACAUGAACCUUUUUUUCAAUACCAGUCAUUACUUUCCCACAUGUAUAAAUUCCAUUCAAAUACAUCAAUUCCUAAAAUAAACUAGCUACCAACAAUGAAAACACACGCACACAUUUUUAAACUCACAGAAUCAUGAAAUUCCUUUUCGAUUUCUGUGCAACUGAAGUGUUUAAACCUUUCUUUGGCCUAAGACACAGGAUGGCAUAAAAAAUAAGGGAGAGAGGGAGGGAAGUGGGGAGGGAUGAAGGAAAGGAAGGGAAAAAGGAUGUGGCAGAAUGUAAUUUUUAAAAAUCUUGGAUUUGUCUUUUAUCCUCUAUUUUUCAGGAACAUCUUAUUAAUGAAAUAAUGUCAGGAAUGUUCUUUUUUUCAUGAAGGGACAGAAGUUAAUAAGCUAUUUUCUCCUAAACACUCAGAUUUGCUGAAGUACUCAAUAAUGAUGCCUUGAAAAGGACUCAAUUAGUUUAUUGCUAAUUGUUUUCAAUCACUUAAAAUAUUGUUUCUAUCAUCAGAACCCUUCAGGUACAAUUAAAAUUGUUUUUUUUUUUUUUGAGUGAGUUAAUUCAACCUAGACUUGUUAUUCUAUGAGACAUUCACUGAGCAGUCUGUGAUAAAGGUAUUUCUUUAGGUUGCAAAUUUUGGUAUCCGAUACAACUUACAAGGGUUGUACUAACAUUCCAAAAUAAUUCUUAAUGUUGUCAGGUAUGAUAUUGGGCAUAUCAAGUUUUUUUUAAUUGUAGAUUGCUCUUUAUGAAUCAUUUCUGAUUAAAAUAUGGAUAAAACAUU